AUGCCGUCGACAGGCUGGGCAAAUCCUCAUGUGUGGUGUGGAGCAAGAGGACGUGAAGAGAAAAUCCCCGAGCGUUUCGUUGCCAAGUUUGAGUUCCACGGGCGUUUGGGGAGAAGCCAGCAUGCCGUUUCUGGCGUGAUGGAGAAGAGCUACCAGGCCGCUCCGUGUGGGUCAACGACCUGUCACGGGCUCAUCCAUGCCGAUCAUUGUAACGAAGCCCUCCCAAGCGACGUCGAAGGAUCUCACCGUUGGACUAGUGCCUUUGUGAAUAGGGCCGGGGAUGUUCCCGGCCCGCAGAUCCUUAUUUGGCUUCUGAAGUGGACGUUGAACUCUGCAGAGCCGGCCCUCGAUGCUGGAUUUUCAGGAGAUCCAACCCUCAUCUUCUUCCUACUCUCGGAACGACGCUGGCGAGUCCGAGCCAUGGAGCUUCCACCCCCGCCUCCCGGCCUUGAUAUCUACGAGGACAACACCUCGCGUGUCAUUGCUUCGGUGCUUGCGCCGGCUAUUAUAGCUGUUAUAGCGGUAGGCUUACGAAUCUGGGCGCGUUAUGUGUCAAAAGCCAAGUUCUACUGGGAUGACUAUCUGAUCAUAGUCGCGUUGGUCUUCUCGAGCGGCAAUUGUGUUCUCAACAUUUUGAUGGCUAAACUCGGCGGAAUGGGUAAACAUAUUUGGAAUCCAUCUGUCGACCUAGGGGUGAUAUGGCAACUUGUCUUUGCCAUGGAAUUUGUCUACAGCUGUACAAUUCCCGCCAUUAAGAUGUCGGUGAUUAUGUUCUAUCAUCGCAUCUUCCCGAUCCAGCGCUUUACCUACGUCCUCUAUUUCUGCUCCUUCCUCGCACUAGGCUGGUUCUUCGGUGUGAUGGUUGUGAACCUGGUCCAGUGCCAUCCAAUCUCAUACUUCUGGAAGAAAUACGAAGACCCAACGGCCAAAGGCACAUGCAUUGAUGUCGAAGCUUACUUCAUGGGCAAUGGUAUUGCGGAGGCUGUCACCGACUGGAUUAUCCUCGCUGUUCCAUUCCAUCGAGUUUGGAAACUCAACAUGCCUACCCCUCAAAAGCUGGCUGUGCUAGGCAUCUUCGGACUUGGAGCCUUUGCUUGCAUUGCGGGUGCGCUUCGCUGCUAUGCCGUCGAGAUUAUGACAGAGAGCUUGGAUAUCCCGUGGAACUUUGGCCGUGGAUUCAUCUGGAGCUCGAUUGAACCUUCUCUGGGAAUUAUAUCCGCCUGUCUACCGACCCUUCGACCCCUUUUCCGCUAUCUUUACCCGACCGGCUUUGCCUCCAGCCAGAAGCCAAGUGACUUUUAUCGCCUGCAAGAUCGGGAAAACUUCCGUUCCGGUAAUGAUGGAGUUGCUCCGAAUAAUGCUGUUCGAAAAGGUUCUGAGGACUCUGAAGCUCGCCUACAGCCCAAGAAUGAUGCUAUUAUGGUUCGACAAGAUUCCAUUUGGUCAUCCAAGCAAAGCCAUAGCUAG